AUGGCUCGCCAACGUUCUUCUCGGCCCGUCUCGCGCGCCCCAGCGCCUCAACAGAGCCGUCCGGCGACUACAUAUGCCGCACGUCCGGCACCACCGCCGUCGGCUCCCGUAGCCGCUCCGGCACCCCAGAUGGCUGCCCCGGUGUCGCAAGGGCCGGGUCUCUUUGGUCAGAUGGCGAGCACAGCAGCUGGCGUCGCCAUCGGCUCGUCUGUCGGCCACGCCAUCGGCAACAUGUUCGGCGGCGGCUCCUCCGAGGCUGCCCCCCAGCAGCAGGCGGCUCCGCCACCGCAGCAGUACGCCACCUCCUCGACGGCCCAGCAGGAGAAUUGGGGCCCCAACUGCUCGACUGCCACCCGGUCCUUCACCCAGUGCAUGGACGAGCAGUCGGGCAACAUGCAGAUCUGCGGCUGGUACCUCGAACAGCUCAAGGCUUGCCAGGCCGCUGCCUCACACUACUGA